AUGUUUCUUCUAAUAAUUAACUACAUGUUACUUUUUAUUGGCUCAAUUUCAUCAUCCCUAGUCUCAAAAUUCUAUUUUAAUCACAAAGGUGAUAGUCGAUGGGUUUCUACUUGGGUCCAAUCUGUUGGAUUCCCUCCUCUCCUCUCCUUCUCCCUAUUAUUCACUCCUAAAAUUUUGUUACUUUCUAUUGUGAUUGGUUUCUUGUUAGGUCUCAACAACCUUUUAUUUUCUUGGGGUAAUUCUUACCUCCCCGUUUCGACUAAUUAUCUUGUGUUAUCGUCACAACUAGUCUUCACUCUUAUCACUUCUGUCAUUAUUGUUAAACAAAAGAUUACAUUUGCGAAUCUCAAUUGUGUUAUUUUACUAACGCUUAGUUCAGUACUAUUGGCCUUGGGUUCGAGUCAUGACAAACCAAAUGGUUUGACGAGAAGAAAGUAUUUUAUAGGAUUUUUCUCGACAAUUGGUGCUGGAUUGAUGUUCUCUCUUUAUCUUCCAUUAAUGGAAAAAAUAUAUAAAGAAGUUUAUUGCUAUUCUAUGGUUGUGGAAAUGCAGAUGGUAAUGGAAUUAUCAUCUACGAUUUUGGCCACGUUGGGAAUGAUUAUUGACGGUGGAUUUUCAGAGAUGAAAAAAGAGGGAAAAAAUGUGUUUGAUUUAGGAGAAAAAGCAUACUGGUUAACGGUAAUGUUUAACGUGGUGACGUGGCAGUUUUGUUUUAUGGGUACUGCUGGAAUAGUGUUCUUGACAAGUUCAUUGACAGGAGGAGUUUGCAUGACGGUUAAUGUUUUGGGAGGGGUUAUAGUGUAUGGAGAUAAUUUUGGUGGAAUUAAAGUGGUUUCGACUUUGCUGUGUAUUUGGGGAUUUUCUUCGUAUUUGUAUGGAAUAAUGUAUAUGAAAAUGAAGGAGGAGGAGAAGAAAAAGAAAGAGAUUGAAGAACAACAAUUUGUAGCUUGA